CUCACCUGGGUGCCUUUUCAGUCAGCUUCUCUCUCUUUUUCUUCCUCUCAAAAGGUUCCUCCGACUUCUCUACUCCCUCCCUUCCUUUCUUCAACUUGUAACAACUUUUCGGACCUUGACUCGCUCCUUUCUUGGCUUUGUUUCCACUAGAGAGAGGGAGAGGCACCAGGACCCUCCUCCGCCCAUCGUUUGGAGAGGAAGUUCAUGCUUUUGUGGUUCUGAGCGGAGAAGAGAUUGAGGCUUCAAGAUGAGCAUGAAUGGCGGCGGGGGCUCCCACCCGAGGCUCAACACCUUGGGCAGGAUGAUUCGAACUGAGUCCGGGCCCGACAUGCGCUACGAGAUGAACCCCUACAUGAUGGGCGGAGGAGGAGGAGGAGGCGGAGGUGGUGGUGGUGGUGGUGGAGGAGGAAGCAGCAGCCAUACCCACAAGAUGUACUACGUCCAGAAAACCUACGGUGGGGACCACAGCUCCGACGGCUACGUUCAAAAUGGAACUGGUACAAUGUCCAGGCGUCAGAACACCAUCCAAGAAAUGUUGCAAAACUGCUCGGAUUGCCUCAUGCGUGCUGAACUCAUAGUACAACCUGAAUUGAAGUAUGGGGAAGGUAUCCAAAUCAGCAGGAAUCGGGAACUGGAGGAUUGCUUUGUUCAGGCCAAUGAACAUAUGGACAUCCUUGAUGGCUUGAUCAGAGAGAUGAGACAAAUGGGGCAGCCAUGUGACCUGUACCAGAAAAGAUUACUUCAGCUUCAGGAGCAGAUGCGUGCCCUUUACAAAGCCAUCAGUGUACCCCGGGUCCGUAGGGCCAGCUCCAAAGGAGGCUAUACCUCUCAAAGUGGAUCAGGAUGGGAUGAAUACACCAGGCGUGCCACCACUGAAUGUCUGAACUGGAUGAGACAGCAAAAGGCUGAUAUGGAGUUAGUAAAAUGGGGAUUUGAUGCAGCCUCAAUUGAACAACAAAUUGCUGACCACAGGAGAUUUCAUAAUUCCAUUGGAGACUAUCGCUGGCAUUUGGACAAAGUCAAAACUGAUCUGCGUGAGAAGGCUGCUAUCCACCAACUGGAGGAGGAAUAUGAAUAUCUGCUGAGAUUCUCCUUUGAACGAAUGGACCAGCUGCGCCAGCUGCAAAACAUCAUCCAAGCAACCAGCAGAGAAAUCAUGUGGAUCAAUGACUGUGAGGAGGAGGAACUUCUCUAUGACUGGAGUGACAGGAACACUGAUAUUGCCAGGAAGCAGGAGGCUUUCUCUAAACGCAUGAGCCAGUUGGAAGUUAAAGAAAAAGAGCUGAACAAACUGAAGCAAGAAUGUGACCAACUGGUACUUAACCAGCACCCUGCCUCUGACAAAAUUGAGGCCUAUAUGGAUACACUGCAAACACAAUGGAGCUGGAUUCUACAGAUCACGAAGUGCAUUGAUGUUCACCUCAAGGAGAAUGCAGCCUACUUUCAGUUUUUUGAAGAAGCCCAAUCAACUGAAAAUUACUUGAAGAACCUGCAGGAUUCUAUCAGGAAAAAGUUCAUCUGUGAUAAAAACAUGUCCCUCCAAGUUCUUCUGGAACAGAUCAAAGAGUUAGAGAAUGAGCGAGAGAAAAUUCUGGAAUACAAGAGGCAGGUGCAAAAUUUGGUGAAUAAGUCUAAGAAGAUAGUGCAACUGAAGCCACGUAACCCUGACUACAGGAGCAGUAAGCCCAUCAUUCUGAGGGCACUGUGUGACUACAAACAAGAUCUGAAAACAGUGCGCAAAGGAGAUGAAUGCAUUUUGAAAGAUAAUAGUGAACGCAGCAAGUGGCAUGUGACUGGCCCAGGAGGAGUGGAUAUGCUGGUGCCAUCUGUCAGUCUCAUUAUCCCACCCCUGAACCCAUUGGCUGUAGAUCUUGCAACCAAGAUUGAACAAUACUAUGAUGCUAUUAUGGCUCUCUGGAAUCAGCUUUACAUCAACAUGAAGAGCUUGGUGUCUUGGCAUUACUGCUUGAUCGACAUUGAGAAGAUCAGGGCACUGACCAUUGCUAAGCUGAAGACAAUGCGCAGAGAAGAUUACCAGCGUGUCAUAGACGACUUGGAGAUCCAUUAUCAUGAGUUCCUCAGGAACAGCCAGGGCUCAGAGAUGUUUGGUGAUGAUGAAAAGAGAAAGAUCCAGACCCAGUUUACGGAUGCCCAGAAGCACUACCAGACUUUGGUCAUCCAGCUGCCACCACAACAGCAGCAGCAGCAGAAACAACCUCAACAAAUUGUGCCGACUGAAGUAAUUCACGUGGGUUCUUCCAAUCAAGUUCAGGUUCCAGACCGGUUUCAACUGGAGAAGCAAGAGGCAUGGUUGCUGAUGGAGCUGCAGAAACUUCGGCGCCAGAUUGAGAAUUGCGAGCUCCGAAUGGUGCAGCGGACACCUCUCCAGCUGGAUCAAGGAGCUUCUCACAAUUUGUCUGUGAGAAUCUGUGAAUUAGAGGGGGUACAAAAUGAAUCCCAGGCAAUGGCAGAGGCUCUCAACAGACAGAAUGAUUAUCUUCCCAAUUUUAGAGGAUCUGAAAAAUAUAUCUACUUGCAAUCCGAAAUCAAUGCUUUGUUUAGCAAACUGGAAAAUAUUAAUGCAGUUUCUGCUGGCUAUUUGGACAGCUUGAAUGCACUGAGAUCACUGCUUCAGGCCAUUCUCCAAACUGAUGAUGUGAUAAGAGUUAUUGAAGUCAGGCUUACUGAAGAGGACACCCUUUCUUUGGACCCAGACAAAGUGGAAGCUUACCGUGCCAGCCUAAAGAAAAUGAAAGCGGACCUUAGCGCGAAGAAGUCCCUGCUCAGCAUUUUGGAAGCAGAGCUGCAGAAGGUCCUUCAGAUUCACUCCCAAUCAUCCCAGUCAUAUGUUCUGUAUGGUUUAGAUCUUGGAAAGUACACGGACAAAGUCAACCAGCUGACAGACCGUUGGCAAAGGGUAGAGAAGCAAAUAGAUGACAGGUCUUGGGAUUUAGAAAAGCAGGUGAAGCAGCUGAGAACCUACCGAGAUAUCUACCAGGCUUUGAACAAAUGGAUUGGUGAUGCCAAGCGCCGGCAGGAUACUAUCGAAAGCAUGAAACUGGGAGAUGUUAGCACUGUCAUGAGAUACUUGCAGGAACAAAAGAACUUACACAGCGAAGUAACAGGCAAGCGAGACAGAGUGGAAGAAGUGGUCAAGAAUGCAGAGGUGUGCUCAGCGGCAAUCAAGGAUUAUGAACUCCUGGCUGCUACAUAUAGUUCAGGACUGGAGACUUUGCUGAACAUUCCUCUCAAGCGGACUGUGGUCCAGUCUCCUUCAGGACUCAUCCUGCAAGAGGCUGCUGAGAUUCAGACUCGAUACAUUGAGCUUCUAACAAGAUCAGGAGAUUAUUACAAGUUCUUGAGUGAAAUGUUAAAGAGUUUGGAAGACUUAAAGAUGAAAAGCACCAAAAUAGAACUGUUGGAGGAAGAGUUGAGACUGGCCAGAGAUGCCAAUUCUGACAACAGCAAUAAGCACAAAUUUUUGGAGCAAAACUUGCAGAAGUACCAACUGGAAAUUUCUCAGCUGAAAGCCAAAUUUAUGAGCUUGGAAGAGAUGAAGAGGCAAGCUGAAAUGGAUGGCAGUUCUGCAAAGCAAAACUUGGACAAAUGCUAUGGUCAAAUAAAAGAUCUGAAUGACAGAAUAACAAGACUGACCUAUGAGAUUGAAGAUGAGAAGAGGAAAAGGAAGCUAUUAGAAGACAGAUAUGAGCAGCAGAAGACUGACUUUGACCAACUACAGAAGACAAGGCAGAAUGAGAAAGAAGGCCUUGGUCGCCAAAAGAUAGAAACUGAGAAGAUCGUCAAGGAGAAGGAGUAUGAGAUAGAAAGAUUAAGAGUUCUUCUCCAGGAUGAGGGGACACGGAAGAGGGAGUAUGAAAAUGAGCUGGCUAAGGUAAGAAACCAGUUUAAUGAGGAGAUGAGUAAUAUAAAGAACAAGUAUGAAACAGAGAUUAACAUAAAGAAGACCACCAUCCACCAAAUAGCAUCCCAGAAAGAAGAUGAUGCCAAAAACCUCCGAUCACAGAUCGAUCGGCUCCAGAGAGAGAAUAGAGACCUGAAGGAUGAGAUUGUCCGCCUCAACAAUACCAUCCUAGAAACUACGGAUCAACGGAGGAGGGCAGAAGAGAAUAUUCUGCAGCAAAAAGCAUGUGGCUCAGAGUUGAUGCAGCAAAAGCAAACGCUGGAGUUGGAGCUGAAACAGAUUAUCCAGCUGCGCAAUGAAGACAACGGAAAGUACAAGCAGGCACUUGAGGAUGCUGCUUCAACCAUCCAGGAAAGAACCAAGGAGCUUGAAAGAUUAAAGAUUCAGCUGCAGGAAGAGGCCAAAAAUCGAUGGGAACUUGAGAAUGAAUUGGCUAAGGUAAGGAACAGUUAUGACGAGGAAAUUAUUAGUUUAAAGAACAAGUAUGAGACUGAAAUUAAUAUUACAAAGACCACAAUAACUCAGGUGACAGUGCAAAAGGAGGAGGAAAGCAAUAAUUAUCGAACACAGCUUGACAAUGUCAUCAGAGAAAAUCGGAGCUUGUGUGAGGAAAUUAGGAGACUGAAAAAGACAAUAAGCCAAACCACAGAAAACCUUAGACAAGUAGAAGAAAGUGCUCAGCAACAAAAAGCCAUUAGCUCAGAAAUCUCGCAAAAGAAGCAUCAGAUUGAAAUUGAGUUCAAGCAAACUGUCCAGAAAUACUCAGAUGAGAACAUGCGUUACAAACAGUCACUUGAUGACUCUGCAAGAACAAUUAAAGAGAAAAAUAAAGAGAUUGAAAAGCUGCGAAAAUUGUUAGAAGCAGAGACAAAUCAGAGGAAAUCUAUGGAGGAGGAAAAUAUUCGAUUGCAAAGAGUUCAAUUUGAUCUGGAGAAGGUCAACAUCAAUGCAACAGAGACCAUCAGCAGGUUGAAAGGGCAGGAGCAGGAGCUGGGGCGGCUAAAAAGCGAAUACGAAAGACUUGCCCAAGACAAAAAAGGGAAAGAUCAAGAGAGCACAAGGCUUCAGAGUAAAGUAAAAGACCUACAGCAUCAGAAACACACACUGGAAGAGGAACUGAAUAGGCAGUCUAGAACUCUAGCUGAAGAAACUUCCAAGAAGAAGAAGGUGGAGGAGGAGUUAGAAACCCUGAGGAGGUCUUUCAGAGAUCAAGCUGUUAAGAUCACAAACCUCACUCAGCAGAUAGAGGAGGUUUCAAUUAUAAAGAAAAGGAGUGAAGAUGACUUGAGACACCAAAGAGAGGUGCUAGAUAAUCACAUGAGAGAUAAGCAAAGAUACAUGGAGGAGGCAAGGAAGUACACUUUAGAGGUUGAAACUUUGCGCCGCCAGAUGGUCCAAGAACAGGAGAACCUAAAACAGGCCCAUGUGCGCAAUGAGCACUUGCAGAAGGCGAUUGAGGACAAGAGCAAAAGCCUCAAUGAGUGCAAGAUAGAAAUUGAAAGACUUCAGUCUCUUACCGAAAACCUUACAAAAGAACACUUGAUGUUAGAGGAAGAGCUGCGCAAUUUAAGAUUGGAGUAUGAUGAUCUAAGAAGGGGAAAAACUGAAGUGGAUGAGGAAAAAAAUGCCACAAUAAUUGAUCUCAGAAGUCAACUACAAACAAGCAGCAAGCAUACCCUGGAACUUCAGGGUCUGAUAAAUGGUUUACAGAAAGAAAGGGACAAUUUGAGACAGGAAAUUGAAAAAUUCCAAAAGCAAGCUCUGGAGGCAUCCCAUAGGAUUCAGGAAUCUAAAAACCAGUGUAAUCAUGUUAUGCAAGAGCGAGAAGCACUGCUGAUAAAAAUAAACACCCUGGAACAAGAUAAAGCAAGACUGCUGAGGUUAGAAGAAGAGCUAAAUCGCUCCAAAUCCACAUUGGAUUCAGAAACUCGCUUGAAAAUGCGACUUGAGAAUGAGAAGCAGCAAAUCAUGAAUGACUUAAACCAGUGGAAGAGCCAAUAUUCACGGAAGGAAGAGACAAUCAGGAAGAUUGAAUCUGAGAGAGACAAAAGUGAUAGGGAGAAGAGUGCCUUGCUGGUAGAAAUUGAGAGGCUGCAGGCAGAGAUUAAGAGGAUUGAAGAAAGGUAUCGGUCCCGUUUAGAAGAGACAAGCAGGAAGAGCCAGUCAGAGAUGGAAGCAGAGCGCCUGAGACUGCAAAGGGAAAUAGAGAGACUAAAGCAGCGGCCUUACGGGGCCCACAGAUGCACCCAGACUGAAGAAGACUUUGCAAUUGAUGCUUCCAAGCUGCUGUUCAAUGGCCUACGGAAAAAAAUAACAGCUGUCCAGCUCUACGAAUGCCAGCUGCUAGACAAAUGCACCCUGGACAAACUGUUGAGAGGGCAAAAGUCAGUGGAGGAAGUUGCUGCUGAUCUUGAACCUUACCUGAAAGGAGCAGGGGCUAUUGCUGGAGCCUCUCUUAACCCCAAGGAAAAGUAUUCUCUAGUGGAAGCCAAACGCAAGCAGCUCCUUACCCCAGAGAACACAAUCCUGCUUCUGGAAGCCCAAGCCGCCACGGGAGGUGUGAUCGAUCCCCACCGGAAUGAAUUCCUGAGCGUGGACAGUGCUGUUGCGAGGGAUCUGAUCGAUUUUGAGGACAGGGAACAAAUCUAUACAGCUGAAAAGGCUAUCUCUGGUUUUAAAGACCCUUUCUCUGGAAAAACAGUGCCUGUAGCAGAAGCAAUAAAGAAAAAUCUGGUUGACAGGGAUACUGGGAUACGUCUUCUUGAAGCCCAGUUAGCUGCAGGGGGGAUUGUCGACCCCAUCAACAGUAUCUUCUUGCCCAAAGACAUCGCUUUGUCCCGUGGGGUGAUUGAUCGAGAGCUGUACAGGACUUUGAAUAAUCCUUCAAAGAAUUUAAUUGAUCCUAUCACUAAGAAGGCCAUAAGUUACAUGAAACUGAGGGAGAAAUGCAGAAUUGAACCACACACUGGGUUGCUUCUCCUCCCUGUACAGAAGAGGAGCAUGUCAUUCCAAGGGAUUAGGAAACCCAUCCCUGUUUCUGAAUUGGUUGAAUCUGGCAUCAUUCGGGAAUCAACAGCAAAUGACCUGGAAACUGGAGCAAUCACAGUUGAAGAAGUCACCGACCGAAUCAAAGAUUUCCUGCAGGGCUCCAGCUGCAUUGCUGGAAUUUAUAAUGAAGCUACCAGAGAGAAACUUGGCAUUUAUCAGGCCAUGAAGAUAGGCUUGGUUAGACCAGGGACAGCACUUGAGUUGCUAGAAGCUCAAGCAGCCACUGGGUUCAUUGUGGACCCUGUCAGCAAUUCAAGACUAACAGUGGAAGAAGCCUACAAAAGAGGCUUAGUUGGAAUAGAGUUUAAAGAGAAGCUUCUAUCUGCCGAAAAAGCAGUCACUGGAUACAAAGAUCCAGAAACAGGAAAUAUAAUCUCCUUGUUCCAAGCAAUGAACAAAGAACUCAUUGAGAAAGGCCAUGGUAUUCGUUUGUUGGAAGCCCAGAUAGCCACUGGUGGGAUCAUUGACCCUAAGGAAAGUCAUCGUCUGCCCGUUCACACAGCAUACCAACGUGGGUACUUCAAUGAAGAAUUGAAUGACAUCCUUUCUGAUCCCAGUGAUGAUACAAAAGGGUUUUUUGAUCCCAACACCGAAGAGAACCUGACCUACCUGCAGCUGAAAGAAAGAUGUAUAAUAGAUGACGGGACUGGGCUCUGUCUCUUACCACUGAGAGAGAGGAAGAAGUUGGUGCAGACCUCACAAAAAAAUACCCUUCGGAAACGCAGAGUUGUCAUUGUUGAUCCAGACACAGGCAAGGAGAUGUCAGUUCAGGAGGCGUACAAUAAAGGCCUGAUAGAUUAUGACACUUACAUGGACCUCUGUGACCAGGAAUGUGAAUGGGAAGAAAUAACAAUUACAGGAUCAGAUGGGAGCACAAGAGUUGUGCUUGUUGACAGAAAAACCGGAAACCAGUAUGAUAUCCAAGAUGCUCUUGAUAAAGGUCUUGUCGACAGGAAAUUCUUUGACCAGUACCGUUCUGGAUCUUUAAGCCUCACACAGUUUGCAGAUAUGAUUGCUUGCAGAAAUGGUGCUGAUGAGGUCUUCAGGCAUGAGGCCAUCACUAGAUCUCCCACUGUCCUGAAUAUCAAGAGCGCAUCUCUAGUGUUAAAGAGUGCUUCCGGUUCCUUUUCCGAAUCCCUAGAGGAAACCACUCCCAUUGCAGCCAUAUUUGACACAGAAAAUUUGGAGAAAAUCUCUAUUUUGGAAGCUGUGCAACGAGGCAUAGUUGACAGCAUUACUGCCCAACGUUUGCUUGAAGCUCAAGCUUGCACAGGAGGCAUAAUAUGCCCAACUACAGGCCAGCGGCUUUCCCUUGAGGAUGCACGUACCCAAGGUCUUCUUGACCAUGACAUGGCCACCCGGCUGAAGCCAGCUCAGAAAGCCUUCAUUGGGUUUGAAGGCAUUAAGGGUCGAAAUAGAAUGUCUGCAGCAGAAGCAGUGAAGGAAAAGUGGCUACCCUAUGAGGCAGGCCAACGCUUCCUUGAGUUUCAGUUUAUCACAGGAGGCCUCAUUGACCCUGAAGCACGGGGCAGAAUCAGUACAGAAGAAGCAAUUAGAAAAGGAUUGAUUGAUGGCCGGACUGCCCAGAGAUUACAAGACACUGGCAACUAUGGGAAGAUUUUGACCUGUCCAAAAACCAAACUGAAGAUCUCCUACAAAGAUGCAAUGAAUCGUUCAAUGGUGGAAGACCAGUCUGGGCUCAGAUUACUAGAAGCUUCUUCUGUUUCAUCUAAAGGCAUAUCCAGCCCAUAUAAUGUCUCUUCUGCACCAGGCUCGCGCUCUGGCUCACGCUCUGGCUCACGUUCUGGCUCACGCAGCGGAUCAAGAAGAGGAAGUUUUGAUGCUGGCACAAGUGGCUCAUAUUCUUAUUCCUACACAACUGUGAGCAGCAGCAGCAGCAGCUCAUUUGGCCGCCAAUAAUUAACCAGAAAGCUUAUCACUUUUUAAAAUUUUUCAAUUACCAGGAAUCUAUAUUCCUUUUUUAUUAAAACAAACAAUCCCAAAACAAAAAAAUGAGAACUUGAUGGUAAUGGUAGUACUUGCUCAGGGUGAAAUAGCUAAAGUGCAGAACAGACGUAAACCCAAAUAUAGGGUGCUUUCAUUUUCAUAUUUUCCAAAGCUAUUUUAAGGGGAUGCAGAGUUGUGCAAAAUGUAGGAAUACAAGUAUUUUCUUUUUUUAAACCAAUAUUUACAUCUUUUCUCAUGUAUUUUGCAUGCAGUUCACUGCUGCUUUUAGUCAAUUUGCUGUUGCAAACUAGUAAGCUGGGUUUCAUGUUUUUGUAUUACUGUCAGGGUGCUUUUUAAGAACCAUUUUCCUUUGCAGUGCAGUGCACAACAGUAAUAAUCUGUAUCAUCACCAAACAAUGUUAUCCUCAGUUGUGCUGGGCUAUCUUUCCAUUGGUCAUUUCCCAAUUUAUUAGGGUGUAUUUGUUAGAAUGUGCUUUUCUUUUGCUGUGGACAAUCUUUUGUUUGGUUUUGCUUGCUUGUUUUCUGUGCAAUAUCCAAGAGGCCUGACUGCAUAACAUUUAGUAUUCUGGCAAUAAAAAUCUAAACCCUUGA